AAAUAGAAGAUAGCAGGGAAGGAAUCUGAAGAAGGCUCCUUCAAGAAACUGUCUCCCGUCCACUUGUGGUGGUUCUUGUUGCUGAUCUGCGGUUUUUGCAAUUCAUUCAAGCUUAUGUUCGUAGCUUCUGCGUGAGGGGAAGGGACCGCUUGCCUCGCCCUCGCCACUCAUGCUGAAGCAAUCCAUUUUCUUCCGUGUCCAACUCAACUCGUCAAGAAUACCCGGAAGGCGGAUUCUUUUCAGCUGUCGAUCGGUUUAGUUGCGCUCCUUAAUUGAUCCUUGCCUGUGCUCGUGAUCGCAACUCAGAGCACGCGCUCUUCGCCACAGCGUCGAUGGCGGAGAAUGAAGAAUGCAAGGUCCUCAUUGACCAACAAGGGAGCAACGAUGUCGCCGACCCACACCCACCGUGCGAGGAAGAAGAAGACGACGACGGCGACGAAGACGAUAGCUGGAGCUUCAUCGUGGUCCUCAACCUCGUCCUCGGCGGCACGGCGCGCCUGAACGUGCUCCUCCCGACCGCCACCAUCCUGGCCUUCGCCAUCUUCGCCCCUCUCCUGACCGACGACGGCAAGUGCAGCACCCGGUUGAACCGCAUCCUGACGGCGGCCUUCGUGGCCCUCUGCGCCGCGUCCUGCGUCUUCUUCACGCUCACCGACAGCUUCCGCUCCGCCUCGGGCCGGCUCCGGUACGGCGUGGCGACGCCGGCGGGCAUCCGCACGUUCUGCGGCGGCCACCGGAGGAGGAGGAAGGGGCCGAGGGAGCCGGAGCUGUACAGGCUGCGGUGGUCGGACCUGUUCCACAGCGCGCUGGCGCUGGUGGCGUUCGUGACGUUCGCCGCCUCGCACCACGACAUGGUCCUGUGCUACUACCCCGGCGUGCCCCGCAAGGUGGUCAACACCGUGCCGCUCGUGGUCGGCUUCGUGGUGAGCCUCCUCUUCGUGCUGUUCCCGUCCAGGAGGAGGGGCAUCGGGUACCCUUUCCUGCUCCGCACCGACCUCGUGUACCUGCGCCGGUGAAACUUGACGGGCCGCGCGGCGGCUGUGCGCCUGCACGAUCCGGAGAAGUCUGACCGUGAUUUGUACUCCAGUUCACAUACACGGAAAACUCUACAUGGUUUGCAUUGUUUCUCUUCUGAAUUUGUUUCUCAUUCAGCGCUAAGCUGCAAAGAAUGGCAGGGAGAGACAAGUGUGUCCCAGAAGCAGUCUGGAGCGUAGCUGUAGUUGCUCCUAGACAUGUUGCUUGAUCAUUCUUCCGCGUCCGGAUCAGGCUCAAGGCCUGCAAUUUGCUUCAGUGGUUUCCAGA